UCCCGGGUUCGUUAGACCACGCCAUCUUGGGUUUGAAUUUUCUGGCUGGCUGCGGACAGAGGUGGGAAACUCGACUUGUUGCGCGCUUUAACCUCGGCAAAGGAAGAAAACGUCCCCGAUACUCCAUACCUAGGGUCCUUUGGGACAGGUGAGAAAUUGAGCACCUGACAAACGUGACAAUGGCAGCGGAAGUCAGCUUUGCUUCCACUACGAUGGAUGAGAGGGACCUGAGAGAGACUGAGCAGCACUUGUUGCAGAUUCUAGGCGACAAGAGGCAGCGACUUCUCAACCAGCUGCAGCAAAAUCCUGACAGGAGAGAACACAUUCAAGCAGAGAUCAGAUCUGUGGAAAGCGAGAUGCAGCAAGUACGAGACAGACAGGGUGGGACCACCCACACCAUUACAUACCAAACAGUUACCACCACCAAGACCAACCAAGGUAACUACAUGGACCUGAGCGGCAUGCCAGCCAUGGACCCUAAACAGCAGACCAUGGAGUGGCAACAGCAGUCCUACCUGGACUCUGGUAUCCAAUCAGGUGCCACCACACAGGCACCAUCCCUGAGCAGUCGCCAGGGCCCUGAUGACCUGGAUGAUGAUGGCAUGGACACCUCUCACAUGUUGAUGGAGUGGAACCAGGGCUUCCAGGAGGGCUUCACUCAGGAGCAGGUCAAUGAGAUGAACCAACAGCUGAUCCAGACUCGUUCCCAGCGCGUGCGUGCCGCCAUGUUCCCGGAGACUCUGGACGAGGGCACCCAGAUCCCGUCCACACAGUUCGACCCGAACCAGCCAACCGCUGUUCAGCGCCUGGCCGAACCAUCGCAGAUGCUGAAACACGCUGUGGUGAACCUUAUCAACUACCAGGACGAUGCUGACCUUGCGACCCGCGCCAUUCCCGAGCUGACCAAGCUCCUGAACGAUGAAGACCAGGUGGUAGUGAGCCAGGCCGCCAUGAUGGUCCAUCAGCUGUCCAAGAAGGAGGCCAGCCGCCACGCCAUCAUGAACUCACCACAGAUGGUAGCAGCCCUGGUGCGUGCCAUGCAGACCACUAACGAUGUGGAGACGACCCGCUGUGCUGCCGGCACCCUGCACAACCUGUCCCACCACCGACAGGGACUUCUGUCCAUCUUCAAGUCAGGAGGCAUCCCAGCUCUCGUCAAGCUCCUCGGCUCCCAGGUGGAGUCUGUGCUGUUCUACGCCAUCACGACUCUCCACAACCUGCUGUUGCACCAGGAGGGCUCCAAGAUGGCGGUGCGUCUGGCCGGCGGCCUGCAGAAGAUGGUAGCUCUGCUCCAGAGGAACAACGUGAAGUUCCUGGCCAUCGUGACCGACUGCCUCCAGAUCCUGGCAUACGGAAACCAGGAGAGCAAGUUGAUCAUCCUUGCUAGUGGCGGCCCCGGCGAGCUGGUUCGCAUCAUGCGUACUUACACCUAUGAGAAACUGCUGUGGACCACCAGCCGUGUGCUGAAGGUGCUGUCUGUGUGCUCCAGUAACAAACCUGCCAUCGUGGAAGCUGGUGGCAUGCAGGCCCUUGGUCAGCACCUGUCCCACCAGAGCCCCCGUCUGGUCCAGAACUGCCUCUGGACACUGAGGAACCUGUCUGAUGCGGCCACCAAGCAGGUGAGACAAGAGGCAUUGGAGGGUCUUCUCCAGACUCUGGUGCACAUGCUGGCACACAACGACAUCAACAUCGUAACGUGCGCCGCCGGCAUCCUGUCAAACUUGACCUGCAACAACGGGCGCAACAAGAUGAUCGUGUGCCAGGUUGGUGGUAUCGAGGCGCUGGUCCGUACCAUUCUGCAGGCCGGGGACAGGGAGGAUAUCACCGAACCAGCUGUGUGUGCCUUGCGCCAUCUGACCAGUCGUCACCCCGAGGCGGAGAUGGCCCAGAAUGCCGUGCGUCUGCACUACGGUCUUCCCGUGUUGGUCAAGCUCCUCCAUCCACCAUCCCGCUGGCCACUCAUCAAGGCUGUGAUUGGUCUGAUGCGUAACCUGGCACUGUGCCCAGCCAAUCACGCACCACUACGUGAGCAGGGCGCUCUGCCCCGUCUGAUCCAGCUCCUCAUGAGGGCCCAUCAGGACACACAGAGGAGGGCUUCCAUGGGUUCCACAAGCAGCCAGGGAGGCUAUGUGGAUGGUGUCCGUAUGGAAGAGAUCGUUGAGGGAACCGUGGGAGCUCUGCACAUCCUGGCCCGCGACGCACACAACCGUGCCGUCAUCCGCAGUCUGAACUGUAUUCCACUCUUCGUUCAGUUGCUGUACUCCAACAUUGAGAAUAUCCAGCGUGUGGCAGCUGGUGUGCUGUGUGAACUGGCACAGGACAAGGAGAGUGCUGAGAUCAUCGAGGCUGAGGGAGCCACCGCCCCGCUCACAGAACUACUGCACUCACGCAACGAGGGAGUCGCCACCUAUGCAGCAGCUGUACUGUUCCGCAUGUCUGAAGACAAGCCCCAGGACUACAAGAAGAGGCUGUCUGUAGAGCUCACCUCCUCCCUCUGCAGGGCAGACGCCAUGCCAUGGGCAGAGCCCCACGAGUUGCAUGACCCUGGGAUGAUGAUGAUGCCCCCAGACGAGCCAGCAUACCGCGGGGAAGGUAUGUUUUCCCAUCACAGUAGUGUGAGUAGUGUGCACAGCGGACAGCAUAGCACCAUGGGAAGACAGCCGCACCAAGUUCAACCGAGAACUGGCCUGUAUUCUACAGGUUCGUACCACGACCAGCCCCCCCACACCCCCAUCGAUCAUGGUAUGGACCACAUGGACAUGGGCCCAGGGCCAGGCGGACCACACCACAUGCAGGGAGCCGCAGGUGGCCACCCCUCCCACUCUGACUAUCCCCAGGACCUUGACCUUGGGAUCCCCACGGCCGACCUUGGCCUGGAGGGUCUCCCACCACAGGGCGGGGACAACAACCAGCUGGCAUGGUUCGACACUGACCUGUAAAAACACAGAGAUGCCUUGAGGGAGAGCAAGUGAUGAGAUGAAUGAAUGAGAGAAGAAAAUCAAGUUUGGUCCAAAUUACCAUAUGAUUGACAGCAGCCAGCCCUGCCCACAGUGUCUUCCUAUGAUGUCACUUCCUGCACUGAGGCAUGAUGGGAGAGGAGGUGACAGCAGAAGGAUUUAGACAGGAGUUUUGGUAAACUGAGUCAGGGAAAGGUUUUUUUGUUGAAAGUAAUUUCGUUUUGUGUUUCCUGGUGGAAGGUUUUGUUUGGAAUAGUGAACUGUACGAGAGGAGAGUUUAAAACGAAGGAGUGCAUGUUGCAUUGUUGCCAUAGGGAUGACCUUAUUAACUUCCAAGAAAGAGAGAACCGAAGCUCUAGAAAUGAUUCUUGGAUAAGAUUCUUGGGGUCUAAGACUAGCAAAGAAGCAAGAGAAGAAGUGAUGUUGUUGGAAGAUUCUGUGGGCACAGAAUAAAUCAUGUAGAGUUGUGAGAUUGGAGAGAGGGUUCUCUAAGAAGAGAAGAUAGGGAAUUCUACUGUAUUUUUGAAUCGUUUAGCAACUCAUGACGUCCUUUUUAGAUCACAAAUAUUACUGUACAUAGAUCCCAGACGCCUGAGUCCAAAUACGUCUAUAAGAUUCCAUAUCAGAAGUGCGUAGCGAUGUAGCAUCCAUGGAUAAAAAAGAAAAGACAAGGCAGAAAUGACUAUUGUACCCCAGUUGAGUUCUGGGACGAGCUAUUCCACGUGUUAUUUACUUACUAUGGCUUUGGAAUUUUAUGUAUUUCUAGUUGCAUUCCAUUUUUUCCGUUGGAUUGAUACUAAGAUGUGUUAGUUGUAUGUUUAAUUUUGUAGCUAGAUGUUGUGUUUAUGUAGGGGCAGUGUAUCGGCCCAGUAUAGCAGCACUAAGUACGACAUUGUAUUCUCUACACUGAAAUACUAAAGACUUAAACCCAUAGAAGACAGGUUUCAAAACCCAGAUUAUUCAGACUUUUGACUAUGGCAACCACACAAGAUUGUGGAAAUUUUGACACUACUUAAGUAGCGGCCUGUCGUAGCUGUACCCCCUCUUUAUUCUCCGUAGCUGAUUCUUGUUUGUCUCUUUAUAUUUGCCUCUUUUUGCUGUAUUUUAUACCUAGGGACGAUGCCAUCGUGGGGAGGGGGGCGCUUUUAGGUAACACAGUCGAGAGUCGUUAGGGAUGCUAACAUGAGUUAAUGUGUAAGAGCUGCCACUUCUGUUGCCUUGGCUUGUUUUUAUUGUAAUAAAGAUGGCUUUUACAUGUA